UGUCGACAGACACGGCUGACAUGCAGCAGAUCCCAUCAGAUGAAGAAGUUUGUGUGGCAUCACUGGCUGACCGAGACUCAGUCGUGGCGAUAGACGAUGACGUGUACAGCGGCCUGGAUUAUCUCCCUGCCACCUACCCGUCUCUUGUGGAAGGACCUGGCGUUCGUGGCUACCUUUACAAAAAAGGAGGCAGAAUUGUUGCAUUUUUGAACACUCAGCUGAUAGACGGAGGACGGACGGUGAUACACAGUACAGCAAGAGUGGCGCCUGAAUACAGAGAAAGCGGAGUCUUUGGGAGAUUUCACAGACUAAUUCGUAGCAACUACAUCGGGACACCUAACAUUUGCUACAUUGCCUUAACGGUCACUGAUAUCACCAUGACAGCGAUUGGACAGAAGCUUCUAAGAACGUAUCGACAGGUCACCGAGAAAACAAUCACAACUGUUGAGCUGACAUCAUUUAAUUUUAAUGUCAAGGUUGGAUUAACUACAACACUUUUUCCGGGAUUAAGAACACUCUCUACUGACGAUAUGACAUCUAUCAUGUCUUGUGAGGACGGCCGCCUUCACCAUCUCUUCCCAGAUGGAAGAAUUAUUCUAGACUGGCAGCCAUACCGACUGAUGGCAGCUAACGUGCCCCUCAUCACCAACACCUGCACACACCGCGUCUUCCUGGCUACAGACGCCAACAGUCCUCCCUUGGACACAGGCUUGCUGUCUGUCCCUACAGUCCUGUCUGCAGGAAGCUACUUCGCUUGCAGUAAAGGUACCCAGUACAUCACUGAUCUUUUUGGCGAGGGAAGUGAAGAAGAGCUGCGCGCGCAUAUCACGUGGCACCUGUUGCGAUCAGCUGAUGUAGCAAACGGAAAUGUUGUCUUCAGCAUCUUUCACACCAGAGGGUUGGAUGACAUUAUCGCAGAUCUCGGCAAGACCUUUCCACUUAAAAAAUUAAGUUUGUCCUACGAGAAACUGAUCGUGUUAGAACAAGAUGUGUGUCAAAGGUCGAACGACCCCGUUAGCAGUCGCAUGUGA